AUGCUUAAAAGUACCCCAACUACUAGCACACAAACACCUUCUGUCGCCACAGUCUUUGAAAAAAUUAAGAAAUUUGCAAAUGAUAGUGCCAAAGCAGAAGGCAUUACAGAGAAAAAAAUGGAAUUUAUUGCCUUAGAUGACCAGCCAUUCUCUGUUGUGGAAGACAUUGGAUUUCGUAAGCUCAUACAACACAUUGAGCUUCGUUACACACUGCCAAGCAGACGUUAUUUUGCAGAAACCUGUCUACCUGAAAUGUUUGACCGUGUUUCAAAACACGUCAUUCAUAAGCUCAUGACCACAGACAUCCCAGCUCUAAGUUUUACCACUGACAUUUGGAGCUCAGACUUUGCUUCGAACAUAACUUUAUCGGAUGGAGAUUUAGAAAUAAUUAUUAGCACGGACAAUUCUUCUAUACAAUUUGAAAGUAAUUAUGACAUUUUGGCGUGCUAUGUCCACGAUGACAGUCUAGAUUUAGAGGAGUUUUUUCGAAAUACAGAAAAUACUGAAUAUAGUGGGAUUGAUUUACCAUUGAAUGUCCAACAUGAAGAAAAUUUAAUUUAUGCUGAGAACUCAGCUGAAUCUGAUAAUGAGUUGGCAAUAUUAUUAGAAGAGCUGAGGCAGAAAUAUGCAUCGGAUGCUUCAGAUCUAGGAUGUUUUCAAUCAAAUCCAUUGUUGAGCAAUAAUUCUCAAUACAGAGUUUUCUUGACAGAGCAUACUGAGGACAGAACUCAACUAUUUAAUUGGUGCACCUGCACUAAUUGUAUAUUGAUGCCAACAACCUUAGAGUCCAUUUGCUGCAAAGAAAUAGCCAAUGUAGAAAACUACAUUGGCGAUUUCUCUUGUAUAAUUGAACAUGAGUUCUUCAACAUUUUCUGUGAGCGCGAGGAGACUGUUGAUAUUAUUCUACGAACAAUUGGACAAAUUCAAAAUACACCUCAUGAAAAACAUCUCAACAGGUGAUAAUAGUUUGUUAUUUUUUGUGGAUCAGGGCUUGUUGUCAUAGUUUGUAUGAAUUUACAUCAAAAAAAUGUAUUGGUAUUUUUUUUUUCAAUAAUUCAUUCAACAGAUACAUGUUUCUGUAAUUGACUUUCAGUCAAUAUGUAAAAAAAACUGUCUAAUUGAUCCAUCACAGAACAAUAAGGAAGGCUAUAGGGAUAAAUAUUUUUACUAAUAAAAUAAAAAGGAAAACUGUGUAAAGCUGUGUACAAGCAGUUGAAAGUCAGAGAUAAAUCAAUUGCACCAAACGCAAUUAUAAUUGUAGCAUUAGGCUCGGUACACACAAGAGUGUUUAGUAGCACGUUCCUACUUGCAUAAAAAAAAAUUAACAUACAAACACACUUGAACAGAUUUCUAUUCUGGAAUUUUUUUAAUUGAGUAAAUAACCUCUGUGGAUCACACUACACAGAAAUAAG